AUUAAACUUACGACAGCCGGCAAGCAGGGCUGUCAGGGUCUGCACUCAAGUUCCUAUUUAGCGAGCACAAACGAGCUUAACCCCGCCCCAAGUACAUAUCCAGCGUAGUCACACCUGAAUCAUCUCAAAAGGUCGCAUCACAUCACACUUUGCGACUGUGAGUCACUGGCCAGAUUUCCCCACCCAAAAACACAACAAGACGAACGUCUUGCCUCGCAACCACUUGCUAAGCGCACAAGUUAUCUAUCUCAUCACAUAGUCCGGAAAUGGCCGCCGUGGAGAAUGCCGAACCCCGCACGGAGCUGCAGGAGCUGCAGUUCAAGUCCGGCCAGGUGGCGGAUGAGUCCCUGGAGAGCACGCGUCGGAUGCUCAGCUUGAUGGACGAGAGCAAGGAGGCCGGCAUCCGCACCCUGGUGGCCUUGGACGACCAGGGCGAGCAGUUGGACCGCAUUGAGGAGGGCAUGGACCGGAUCAACGCGGACAUGCGGGAGGCGGAGAAGAAUCUCAGCGGCAUGGAGAAGUGCUGCGGCAUCUGCGUGCUGCCCUGGAAGAAGGUGAACAUUAAGGACGACGGGGAGAGCGCCUGGAAGGCCAACGACGAUGGCAAGAUCGUGGCCAGCCAGCCGCAGCGGGUCAUCGACGAGCGGGAACGCGGCGGCAUGGGUGCUCCACCGCAGUCCGGCUAUGUGGCCAGGAUUACGAACGAUGCACGCGAGGACGAGAUGGACGAGAACCUGGGACAGGUCAAUUCCAUGCUGGGCAACCUGCGCAACAUGGCCCUGGACAUGGGCUCCGAGCUGGAGAACCAGAACAAGCAGGUGGACCGCAUCAACGCCAAGGGCGAUGCCAACAACAUUCGCAUGGACGGCGUCAACAAGCGCGCCAACAACCUGCUCAAGAGUUAAAUAUGCACAAAGGACACGUCCCGAGCCAAUAGCGAACACGAUAGCCAGUCACCUCCACUUCUAUCAUGUUAGGGGAACAAACCAAUGUUGUGGGCACAAACCGUAGCAGGUGGUUUUACGUUAUUUAUACCAUAUAUUAUAUACAUAUACAAGUAGCCACCAGCAACUACUCCUGGCAGAAGCAAACGUAACUGACCCAUCUACUUACAAGCACCACCAGCCGGAUGAGCUAACUACUUUCUACAACUACAUAUAUAUAUAUGCAAACCGAAAUGCUAACUACUUACUAUUACUACACUCGUGUACAAAUGGCAACCACAAGUUGCCGGAAACAAUUUUAUUAUGAGAUUUACCGUAUGAUGUACUCCGUUUUUGGUACAAACUUUUUGAGCAUUUUACCGAACUUUGUGAAAUCAAACCAAGCAACUGCUGAGAUGGAUAUAUACGUGAAUUGAUGUAUUUACAAUUCGUAGAACCACCGCAACCCCCCGGGCACCGAAAGCUAAACAAAGACGGGCGGUAUCAUAUCGUAGCCAAUUUUAUGUUCUCCAUUGUUAACCCUUUUUAAGUAGGCCAUGUAAUCGGGCAUUUCGUAAGCCCAACAGUCCAAGCACCGAUUCUAUUGAAUUACUCUAGAUUUGCACUCGAACCUCUUGCUUCGUAUAUAUAUAUUUAAUUCUUAAUCCCCAGUGAAUGUAACCGAACGAGUUUCGUAGCUGUAGCCUAAGUAAAUGAAAUUGUUGAUUGCAAUAAUCCCAAAUAUUUAGGAAACUACCUGUUUGUGCGCAAGAUAUUUCUCGUUAACUAUUAUAUCUAUGUAUUACGGACGAGUAUAGCCAAUUGAUUAGAUAACUUAUUUAUCGCUACUAUUGCCACUUUAGCUUACAUUAUUAGCUCUUAAAUUGCAAUUAUUUGAAAAUAAAUUAAUUCACCAGCAA